UUACAUCACUGUUUCUCACUGCUCCGCAGCUUCACACAAAGAGAAGAAGAAGAAGAAGGCAGAGCAUCCGGUCUCUACUGCGCCUUCACGUGUGAACACAGGUCCUGUCUCCACCAAUAAGGAAGCAGCAUUGUGCGGAAGUCUCAGGCUCCAUGGAGAUGUGGCUGAGUGGGGAGAUGACAGAACCGUGGAAAAUGUCCAGAUGACACAGUCUGAUCAUGCUGACGUAGCAGGAAGAAAGGCUAAUUGACCUCACAACACAUCCCUCCUCCUGUUGUUGCCCACCUGUCACUGGCUCAGCCAUGUUGCUGAGGAGGAAGCUGUGCCUGACUUGGGUGAUCGCUGCCAUCGUCUUCCUCAUGUUCGCCAGUCAACGCAUCCAGUGGAGACAUGUCCUGCCUCUGUCACUUUCCCCGCCCACCAGCGAGGAGACAGUGGUUAAACUCACGCCACCUCCUGCUGACCUGACCCGUGACCUCCCCAAGGCACCUACUCCCUCCAACAUCACCCACACCAAAGAGGACCCUGUAGAGAAGUCCCAGAAGAGACGGAGGUCCUGUGGUUGUUCCGAGUCCUGCAUCUCCGACCUCGGGAAUUCGGGCUGGUUCAGCUCGCACUAUGACCCAAAACAACAGCCAGUCCUUCAAAACACCAACAACAACCUUGACCCUGACGCACUAAAAUGGUGGCUGGGCCUUCAGCACUCCAGUAACGACCAAACUUUACAGAAAGUGAUGUCAGACAUGUUCAAGGUCAUUUCUCCCCCUCCUGUAAACUUUAAGCCCCACCCUUCACGUUGCCGUAGUUGUGCAGUGGUCGGCAAUUCAGGCAACUUGCGGCAGUCUGGAUACGGUAAACGGAUCGACUCCCACAACUCUGUCAUCCGAAUGAACAAGGCUGUGACUCGAGGAUUUGAGACAGAUGUCGGGAAUCGAACGACACAUCACUUCCUGUACCCAGAGAGCGCGGUGGACGUCGCACGAGGAGUCAGCCUCGUCCUGCUGCCGUUCAAACUGAGAGAUCUCGAGUGGCUGACCAGUGCGCUGUCCACUGGCGAAAUCAAAAUGACUUACAUGCGGGUUAAGGACAGAGUGGAGGCCGACAAAGACAAGGUUCUGGUUGUGAGCCCGGUGUUCUUUAAAUAUGUGUAUGAUCGUUGGACGGAGCAUCAUGGUCGCUACCCAUCCACGGGAAUGCUGGCCAUUAUCUUUGCUCUACACACCUGUGAUCAGGUGUCAGUGUUCGGUUAUGGUGCCGACAAGCUCGGGAACUGGCAUCACUACUGGGAAGAGAAUCGCUACGCUGGAGCCUUCAGGAAGACUGGCGUCCACAACGCCGACUUUGAGACGGAGGUCAUUCACCGGCUUUCCAGUGAAGGCAAGAUCAUUCUGCACCAGUGACACAACAACUCACCUGCUGUUCUACAGACUGGCCUACAAACCUACCUGAUGACAGACUCGCAGACCGACACACAAAUGUGCUUACUGACCCACGGACAGACUGACAGACCUCUAUACUAAAGUUCAGACCUGCUGACUCAUUUACUUAAUUGCUGACUGUGGACAUGCUGCCUAACUGACCUAAUGACUGACCUUGAAACAAAGCUACUGGCAGACAAAUCAGCCUGCUUAAACUUCAUUUCCACCAAGUGGUACGGUGCAUUUCAGCAUUAAAUUCAAGAGAAGAAACACAGACAGCCUUGAAUCCUCUCUCUGUCAUUUUUAAAAAUGCCACAUUCUGUGUUUUUCCUAGUCCAUUUCCCGUUGUCUUGUGAAAAUGAUGGACUGCGGUGUGUCUUGCUCCAACUUUUAGGUGCUGGACCAUUGUAUUUGUUUCCCCAACAGAAGGGUGGUAUUAUUUUGGUCACCUUCACAAGUUUUGGCAAUAGAAAAGCUAAUCAUAACAUACUUAACUGAACCCAACUGCACUGCUUGAUGGAAAGGUGGCUUUUCUCUCUCUGACUGAAUUACAAACCUGCUUAAUGACCUUUUAAAGAAAAUGAUUGCUGACUAAUGACUGACAUUAGACCUCCAGGUGAGUUGACCUGAAGCCUUUGUAAGGCUGAGACAUUGAGGAUUUGUAGGAUUUACCUGUGGACAGGGAGUGUUUGGAUGUGGGAGGAGCCAGUCAGGGGCGAUGGUCGGAUGUCCUUCCUGUGAAGUCUCCUGCUGGUUUAAAUGAGUCCCAGAUCAACUCAAGCAAAUAAAGACUAUAUGUCUGGGACUCUCCUCUCUAAAUGCAGAAACACCAUCUUGCCAUGUAUGACUGCACUCAGAGUUUUGCUCCGAGUGGGGAAACAACCACAGAUUUUUAUAAUUUUUAUUGGAUUUAAUAGACAAUAUACAGGGAUAACCUUUUUUUUAAUCAAAGCACUUUGCCCUGAAGAAGAAAUGGAGAACUCGUUGUUUUUCCUCCGUCCAACUGUGUUUCAAGAUUUGUAAUCCAUCCAUCUCAACAUAAGCUGUCCUGUUCUAGAGGAUCCUGACAGACUGGAAACAUGGCUCACUUCCUGUCUGCACCAAAUAGGGAAGCAAUGGGAUGUAGGAGUCUGUAUGAGGUUCUCAGCCUGUGGUUGUGAUUAUUCGACGGUCUGCAAUUUAUCGUUAUAAAUAAAACAGUUCGGCUGAAUGACGAAAGAUAGAGACUGUGAACGGCUUUUAACUAAAGAUUUAUUAAAUAAAACUUAACAAGGACAAAGUCAAACAAUCAGUUACAUUUGAGUGUGGUGCUUGCAUACAGUGCAACGUCAAGGAAAAGGAAAGAAAACUUAAGUCUGACCAAAAACAAUCAACCAUAUGAAUGAAGAAGGGACAGAGCAGUCCUGCAGGUAACAGAGGGGUGAGUCAGCUGACCGCUGGUCGUCUCACUGAAGGCAGAAGACGGCGCGCAGAGAGCUGCUUCACACCUCUACUGUGAAUGUACAAAAACUUGUUAUCCGUUGUCGAAAUGUUCACAGCUUUGUUUGCACUAUGAAAAGUUUCAGGACGUUUUCACACCGAGUUUGUUUGAUUCUGAAUCGAGAACAGCCAUUAAAGUGCACAUUUGUUUUUAGUAUUAUGGGCCACUCGAAAAAAAAUCCUGUGUUUCCUUUUGUUCCUUGGCCCGCCUGGUUUGGUGUUUUCUUUUAAAAACGUUUCUCACUGUCGACGGAUGAACAGACCACAUCAUCUUUGACAGAAGUUUGGAAGAAAAGCCAAAUCUGGGCACGUGCGUCCUUGUGUUGCUAUAGAUUUUAGGUCGCACAUGUACAGUUAUCUUGUAGACUCAUGGAUAGGAAGUCGCGGAGCCAUGCGGGUCUCACAACAUGAUCUUUCACAUUAUCUUUAUAUAUCAUGUUAAUGCAUUGACUUCAGUGUUCAUACAUAUUGUCCUAGUUCUUUUUAAUCAACUUUUUAUAAUGUCACAAAUCCCACUCGUAUGCCUUUUAAUCGCUUAGUGUUGAGUUGUUGUGUUUUAUUACCAAACUGUCCUGUUUUCAUGUUGUUUUCCACGCCCUGAUUCAGACAAGAUGUCAGUGUGAAAACGCCCCAUUACUGAUGUUCAGUGAAGAGCUCUGUCUGCUUCAAAGGAAAUGUUGUUUGUUGGAAGUGUCGUCAUUUCGACCUGUCGGCUGGGAUUGACUCCAGCUCCUGCAAUAAACCUUAACAGAUGGAGGGUAGAAGGUGAAUGAAUGAGUCAUGUGCUCUGCCCUCCUAAAUAUCUUUUUUUUCUCAUUGUUAAGUUUUACACCUUUGAUUUCAGACACCGCUCAAUCCAACAAACACUUUGAAGCAGACCAAGGCCUUAAGAGCAAUCAUGUAUGCUGAAUCAUCGUUUGGAAGCUGUUGCUCUGUCAGUAUUGGCUGCGUUUUUUUACUUCAAUCAGGUUUUCCUGGAACAAGCCACAGUCUCUUAAACUCGACUGCUGAGUCAUCAGAAGCUUUUGCCAAAUCCAAAACGUCAGCUGCACAUUUCCCCUCCCAACACCCUCCCCUCCCCCCCCCCCUUUUUCACUUCUCUGGGAAAACUUCCAGACAGUUUACUUGGAAAUUAUCCACUUAAACAAGUUGACGCAGAGCACCUGAACGUGCCUUAACCCUUAUUUCAGUCACUAAGUGACAGAGCAGUAGCCUCUCUGGCUUCCUGAGCUAGAAUUAAUAUUUGGAUACAAAGUUGUUUGUAUGUGCAGGCUGUGUUGUUGUUGUUGUUGUUGUUGAUGAUGUUAACAGAGUUACGUCCUCACGCUUAAAAAGUCAAGUAUGUUAUGAGUAUAAAUCCAAAGUUGUGCUUAUUAGAAUCCCUGCAGUCUGGAAACAUGGACACCGUUUUCCAUCAGGGAAACAGGGAAGUGCAGAUCAACCCCAGAUCAACCAAUCAGCUGCUUGUAAUUCCAUAAUGCUGAAAAUAACCUGUAUACAUUUAGAACAGAGUGGCAUCCACUGACCAAACAAGUUGUUUCUGAGUACAUGUAUGUAUGUAUGUAUGAUGUAUGUUCAGUUACCGUAGCUUUAAUUCAGCUCAUCGUGUUUAAACUGUGACUGUUCAAUAAGAGGAAAGAAAUGGCAUUUACUUAAAUCAGCCUACUGAUCAUCAUUCAUUCAUUCAUUAGAUGCUGAACAGACAGGAGCACUGUUUUAUUUUUUUCCAUCAAAACCUGAAAACAAACCCACCACUGUCACUUUGAAUAAAAAUAAAGAAAAAAUAGGAACUAACA